UUGCUCCAUUAUUAUUAUAUUUUUUUUCUGGGUAAUUAAUAGAUGAAGAUAAUGGAGAAACGGCCGUAUCGGUCGGUGAAGGAAGCCGUCGAGCUGUACGGCAAACGAAUUUUAGAACCGGACCUCUACGCCAACGUUCUCCACCAGAUGGAGAGCGAAGAAAAUGAAGACGAGAACAGCCUUAUGAAGAUCAAAAGCGUGAGAGAUGAAUUAGAUAUUGCAAAGCAAAAUUUGGAGAAAGCAAAAGAACGAAGUGUAGUCAUGGCACGAUCUCUGUCUUCUCUCCAAGAAGAGUUGGAAGAUACAAAGCGUAAGCUCCAAAUGCUCAAAGAAAGAGAAUCCAUGAGAAGUUUUGAAACUGUGGAUGGCUCUUGGAAAUUUGAUUUCAAGACGCAAUCGCAGAGAUUCGAAGAAGAAGAAGAAAGUGAAGCUAAUUGUGAGAAGCAACAUGUGAAUAUCGAUGCACAUAAUGGUCCAUCUGUGAAGAAGAAGGUAAGAGACACGAUGAAGAAAUCAUCAAUAUUGAUGAAGGGAUUUUUUUCUAAGAAAAGGAAAUGAAAAAAAAAAUCAUAUAUGAAAAAUAGGAACAAAAAGGCAAAAGAAAAUUAAAGCAACAUGUAUUUUAGAUCGUACCCAAGCCUUUUUUUUUCUUCUUUAUAGAUUUUGAUGAUGGAUUUGAAGUUU